AUGUACUACUUAAAAAUUUUAAUUUAUACUAGCUUUAACUCAAUUUUUAAAAGAAUAGUUAAGUGUUUUGUUUUUCUCCUUAAAGAUAUGGAUGUAAUGAGGCCCUUAAUAAAUGAGCAGAACUUCGAUGGGACAUCAGAUGAAGAACAUGAGCAAGAGCUCCUACCUGUUCAAAAGCAUUACCAGCUUGAUGAUCAAGAGGGCAUUUCAUUUGUACAAACUCUUAUGCAUCUUCUUAAAGGAAAUAUUGGAACUGGCCUUUUAGGACUUCCAUUGGCAAUAAAAAAUGCAGGCAUAGUGCUUGGACCAAUCAGCCUUGUAUUUAUAGGAAUUAUUUCUGUUCACUGUAUGCACAUUUUGGUACGUUGCAGUCACUUUCUCUGUCAGAGGUUUAAAAAGUCAACAUUAGGUUACAGUGACACUGUGAGUUUUGCUAUGGAAGUAAGUCCUUGGAGUUGUCUUCAGAAGCAAGCAGCAUGGGGACGAAGUGUGGUUGACUUUUUUCUGGUGAUAACACAGCUGGGAUUCUGUAGUGUUUAUAUUGUCUUCUUAGCUGAAAAUGUGAAACAAGUUCAUGAAGGGUUCCUGGAGAGUACAGUGUCUGUUUUGAAUGGUACCAAUUCAUCGACUCCAUGCGAGAGAAAAAGUACUGACCUAAGGAUAUAUAUGCUUUGCUUUCUUCCAUUUAUAAUUCUCUUGGUCUUCAUUCGGGAGCUAAAGAAUCUGUUUGUGCUCUCAUUCCUUGCCAACAUUUCCAUGGCUGUCAGUCUUGUGAUCAUUUAUCAAUACAUUGUUAGGAAUAUGCCAGAUCCCCACAACCUUCCAAUAGUGGCUGGUUGGAAAAAAUACCCACUUUUUUUUGGUACUGCUGUGUUUGCUUUUGAAGGCAUAGGAGUGGUCCUUCCACUUGAAAAUCAAAUGAAAGAAUCAAAACGCUUUCCCCUAGCAUUGAAUAUUGGCAUGAUAAUUGUUACAACUUUGUAUGUAACACUAGCUACCUUAGGGUACAUGUGUUUUCAGGACGAAAUCAAAGGCAGCAUAACUUUAAAUCUUCCUCAAGAUAUAUGGUUAUAUCAAUCAGUGAAAAUUCUGUAUUCCUUUGGCAUCUUUGUGACAUAUUCCAUUCAGUUCUAUGUUCCAGCAGAGAUUAUUAUACCUGUGAUCACAUCCAAAUUUCAGGCUAAAUGGAAACAAAUCUGUGAAUUUGUGAUAAGGUCCAUCUUGGUUAGUAUUACUUGUGCUGGCGCAGUUCUGAUUCCUCGUUUAGACAUUGUGAUUUCCUUCGUGGGCGCUGUGAGCAGCAGCACCUUGGCCCUGAUCCUUCCCCCUUUGGUCGAAAUUCUCACAUUUUCUAAGGAACACUACAAUAUAUGGAUGAUCCUGAAGAAUAUUUCUAUAGCGUUCACUGGAGUUGUUGGUUUCUUGUUAGGUACAUAUGUAACUGUUGAAGAAAUUAUUUACCCUACUCCCAAAGUUAUAUCUGGUACCCCACAAAGUCCCUCUCUGAAUUUGAAUUCAACAUGCUUUACAUCUGGUUUCAAAUAAUUGACGUGGAAUUAUGAGUCUUCUACUUUUGUCUCAAUUCUGAAAAUGAUUAAAACAGGAACUAGUAGAGUACAUUGCCAUAUACUUAAAAAUAGAACCAAACUCUCUUCUUUUGACAAAAUAUUGAUAUUUUGGCAGUAA